AUGUCCUCUAUGCGCAAUGCCGUCCAACGACGGAACCAUCGCGAACGUGGUCAACUUCAGGGAAGAGAAAAAUGGGGUAUUCUCGAGAAACACAAGGAUUACUCCCUCCGAGCCAAAGACUACAAUGUCAAAAAAGCCAAACUCAAACGUCUGGAAGAAAAAGUCCGCGACCGCAAUCCCGAUGAAUUCGCGUUUGGCAUGAUGUCCUCGCAAUCGCAGCGACAGGGCAAACACGGGGCAGGGAAUCGCGCAUCGGCCGCAGGAUUGAGCCAUGAUGCGAUCAAGCUGUUGAAGACGCAGGAUGCGGGAUACCUGCGUACGGUAGGUGAGCGUGUGCGUCGACAGAUGGAGAAGUUGGAGCAGGAGGUUCGGUUGCAGGAUGGAUUGCAACAGAUUUUUGGAGAGAAAGAUGUGAAUGGUCGGAAGAAGGCGGGUGAGGAUGGCGAUGAGGAUGAUGGUUUUGAUUUUGAUUUCGAGGUGGAAGAGGUGAAUACCCGGAAGUCGAAGAAGACGAUCUUUGCGGAUGAUCAGCGGGAGCAGAAGAAAUUGAAGAAGAAGAGGCUCCGUGAGGAGGAGGAUGAUGAUGAAGAAGAGGACGAUUCUUUUGGUCAGCAGCAGCAGCAACAGAAAAAAUCCCGGAAACAAAUCGAAGCGCAGCGUCAGGCUCUGAUGGAAGAGCGUCGGAUGCGCAAAACGAAGAAACGAGCGGCAGAGGCACGUCAGAACAAGCUGGCAGCGCUCCAGAAGCAGUAUACGGAUAUCACGGCGGCGGCUCGCGAGUUGGAUUUGCAGCGUGCUCGAAUGGACAACUCGGUAGGAGGGACGAACAAGGAUGGGAUCAAGUGGAAGAUCCGAGAGCGCAAGAAGUGA